AUGGAAGAAGGCACUUCAUCAUCGGUGGACCGCCAACUGUCGCCCAUGGGUGCUGCCCAGCAUACACACACUGGUGUACAGUUGAGUUUUAGGGACAUUGUCUAUAAGGUACCAAACAAGAGAUAUAUGGACCAACAUAGUAUGGCACAUCGUUUGGGUUUCAAAAAGGUGUCCAAAGACGAGAAGGAGACAGAGAAGGAGAUAACAAUCUUGCAUGGUGUCAGUGGUGUGAUUGAGCGUGGCGAGUUGGUCGCACUGAUGGGUCCGUCCGGCUCGGGAAAGUCCACCCUCCUGGACAUCCUGGCCAAACGCAAGAACACUGGUCAUAUCAAUGGCCAGCUGCUGGUCAAUGGCCGCGAGAUUGGUGAUGCCUACAAGAACUACUGCUCCUACGUCACCCAGGAGGACAUCCUCACGCCCACCUCCACCGUCGAGGAAACGCUCAAGUUCCAUGCCGACCUGCGUCUGUCCGACCGCACCGAAGCCGAGAAGAUGACCGUCAUUCACCGUGUGAUGGAAGAGGUCGGCCUGGCACACAAGGGCAAUGCAAAGAUCGGAGGAGUGCUGCCUGGUGGCAUCAAUGUGCGUGGACUGUCUGGUGGCGAGAAGAGACGUGUUUCCAUCGGUUGUGGUCUGGUCACUGAUCCAGCACUCAUAUUCUUGGAUGAGCCAACCAGUGGUCUGGACUCGGUCAACGCUCUGGUUGUGAUGAAGACAUUGCUGAGUCUAACACGCAAGGGUGUCACAGUCAUUGUGUCGAUACAUCAGCCACGUCCCGAGAUCUGGCAACUGUUCAACAAGGUGAUGGUGUUGGUCAAGGGCAGGAUGAUAUAUAGUGGAGCUGACCUACUAGGCUACUUUGAUACCCUGGGCUAUCCAACGCCACCCUAUGUCAACCCCGCCGACUUCUGUCUGGAUGCCGCCGUCGAGAUUGGCGACUCCUCACGCUACCAAGAGAUAUGUGACAAGUGGACUGACAAAUGGGAGUCGGAACUCAUUGGCAGUACCAAUCCAUCGGUUGGUGAAGUAAAGACAGGCAUUGUACCUGGAUUAUGUUAUCAAUAUAGGGUAUUGAUUAAGAGAGCAUUCCGUGACUUUAUUAGGAACCCUGGUAACUUUGCUACUAGGACCAUCACACCAAUCAUUAUGGCCCUAUUGUUUGGCGCAUGCUUUGCUGGCCUGGGCAACUCACAAGAGGACAUCCAAAAGAUCAUUGGUGUAAUAUACUUCAUGAUCAAUGGCCUCAACCUAACUCCAUUCGUAUCUAUUUCACUUU